AUGUCUCACGCCCCGCGCAAUCGAAUCUCGAAUGCAAUCGACAGUCUGAUCACCCACCUGGUGCCUAGCAACCCCCACGACGACGAGCAGACAGCUCAAGAGAGGCAUGAUGCUUGCUUUGAGCUUGUCCGGGCCAUUUUUGAGCGGCCUAAUUCUCCCUCGAUAUCGGCCGACGUAAACCAUGCUUCGGACCUCAUCAAGCGGAAGCUCAUACACAGCAACCCUAGCCAGGCCCUACGCUUCUCCAACCUCUAUACCCGACUUUUGUCACUGCCAGUCCUGAACCAAAAAUGGGCCAUUUUAUAUCUCCUAUAUCAGCUCUCUGACUCGCCUGAUCCCAAUGAGCCUCCACCACCACCAAGGCAGCCAGCAGCACCACAUGGGUUGACAUCGCGGGAGCCAAGCUUCCGGGACCGAGAACUUCAAGCGCAGAUCCUUCGGGAGCAGGAAGAGAACCAGGUAGAGGCAGAGAACUACCAAGGGCCAGUACCGGCAGAGCCAAGUUUCCGAGAGCCAGCUUCUCGUGAGCCAAACUUCCGUGAAUCAGUAGCACAGCGGGCGGCGGGACGAGCAACAGGCCGGUCGACGGCAACAGCAGAGUCAAAAACGUCGACACCCGCACCACCACUGGUAUCAGAAGAAGAGGCUGUAAACAAUGUGUUUGCCCCAGGUGGUUUGAAAAAGCUCCCAACCGAAAGGCCACGGCGAAACACCAAUGCCGAAGAAGCUCGCUCGCAGCCUGGUGCGGUAGACGGAUCUACCAAGAAGAGCACAAGGGACGUUUCAAUCAAGUCAAACUUGCUCGCAGACAACUCAUUGGAGUUUGAGCCUUCUGAGAUGGGUCUGUUGAGAGACCUUCCUUUCACUCUUCAGGGAUUAUCAUCAACAACUCUUCCCUUCACCAGGGAUACUGUUUUGAAACUGCCGCCAACUUUGCCGCUACCAAUAGUGUCACUGUUGCACACUUUGGCCGAGCCUUCAUUAUUAUAUCGAGGGCUUGCAAAUUUUGUCAAGUCACCAGCAAAGGGGUUACUCGGCCAGAGCUUGCGGGCAGCCAUCAACAAUGAGCUUCGGUCAUAUCUCACUCUUGUGGCAACGCUGGAGGCGCAGAUUCGACGGGCAUUGUCAUCCCUUGAUGAGGCAGCACCACGAGGCGGCAUCGGGAAAGCCGGUGUCACGUUGAAGAGAUGCGUUGUUUGGACGAGAGAGGCGACCAUGGGCUUGCGGCUGAUGUCUUUGAUAUCAGAGGAGAGUUAUAGUAAACAAGGCGGACAACUGAUCAGUCUGAUUCACGGCUUUUCUACCUCUCAUGGUGACCCCGUGGUGGCUGCUUUUGCUGAACGCUUGCUGGCCGACGUCACCCGGCCGUUUUACGACAUUCUUCGGCGUUGGAUAUACGACGGUGAGCUAUCGGAUCCCCAUCUGGAGUUCUUCGUCCGCGAACAAAACCCCAACAAUGAGAAACAAAACGAGUCCAAGGCCAAAGGCCAAGCUAGUGUGUGGAACUCCAAGUACGAAGUCGUCGACGCCAUGGUACCCAGUAUCAUGACCCCCGACUUUGCCCAAAAGGUCUUUUUGAUUGGAAAGUCCCUCAACUUCAUCCGCCACAGCUGCGGCGACAGCCAGUGGGUCGACGCCUAUAGCAAAACCUCGUCAAAGGAGCUCAAGUACGGCGACACGGCCACGCUCGAGAAGUGGAUCGACGACGCCUACAAGACCACCAUGCAGCGCCUCAUGACGCUCAUGAACACCCGCUUCCGUCUGUUUGACCACCUCCAAGCCCUGAAGAACUAUAUCCUUCUCGGCCAGGGCGACUUUAUCGCCUUGCUGAUGGAAUCCCUCGCCGCGAACCUCGACCGCCCAGCUGGCGCACAAUACCGCCACACCCUCACUGCCCAGCUCGAACACGCCAUCCGCGGCUCCAACGCCCAGUAUGAUUCCGACGAGGUCCUCCGCCGCCUAGACGCCCGUAUGCUUCAACUGAGCCACGGCGAUAUUGGCUGGGAUUGUUUCACGCUCGAAUACAAAAUCGAUGCCCCUGUCGAUGUGGUAGUCACCGAAUGGGGAAACCGUCAGUACCUCAAAGUCUUCAACUUUCUCUGGCGGAUCAAACGCGUCGAGUUUGCUCUGGCAUCCACCUGGAGAAAAUGCAUGACGGGCGCGAGGGGAGUGCUGCAAUCCAACGACGAGACAGUCCUCCAGACGUGGAAAUCCACCAGGGGAACUCUCGCGGAGAUGAUCCAUUUUGUUGGUCAACUGCAAUACUACAUUUUAUUUGAAGUCAUCGAGUCCAGCUGGGGGGAGCUGCAGGAGAACAUCCGAAAAGAAGACUGCACACUGGAUGACUUGAUCACGGCUCACACCAAGUACCUCACCUCCAUCACCCACAAAGGACUUCUCGGUGCCCGCCGGAGACAGCACCACGACGCGCAAAAGGAAGCCGCCUCGUUGGGCCGUGACGCAUCAGAAGUUGAAGACCGCAACUCGUACAUGGUGCAGCUGUCGCUCCUGCUGCGAAACAUGCUCGACUACAGAGACAGCGUGGACGGGUUAUACUCGUGGUCGGUGUCUGACUUUACCCGCAGACAAGAAGUCGACACGGUCUCGCUGCUGCGAAAACACCGGCCCAAUUCGGGAGACAUGGAGAGUUCUGUCGGGCCGGACGAUCCCUUUUUUGGUUCUGCCGGGGGAGUGGGAGGGAACAACAAUAUUAAGAGCGAGUUCCCCGCGCUGCAGGAACGGCUGAAGCAGUUAGGGGUGAGUUUCAGGCAGAGGCUGCAGAUCUUGCUGGGGGAUCUGGCGUAUCAGCCUGAUGUGGACAUGCGCUUCCUGGGGGUGUCGAUGAACUUUAAUGAUGUGUAUCAGCCGGUUAGGAGGAAGAGUGGGAAGGCUGGGGCUGGGGGGAGUGGUGUUUCGGCUGGUGGUGGGGAGAAACAACAACAGCAGCAGCAGCAGCAGGGAGGGAAUGUGGGGAGUGUGAAUGUUUCGUUUUCUGCUUCAAGGGCUUAG